AUGGUUUCCCUCGACACCUCCACUAUUGUCAGCGGCACCAGCACGGCUGCUGAUGCUGCUGCCUCCCUCAGCGUCGCCCUGGCAAAAAGCUUGUCGGCUGGUGCUGGCGGUCCGCAGGCGGCCCUGUCGUCUGUGGUUUCGACUGCCCAUGAUGUCGCGGCCACCCAUGGCUCCUGGUCGUGGGUCGGCCUCUUUGCGAGGCUGGUCUUGUCGAUCCUUCAUGUCGUCUCUGUCAUCUUGUAUUUCGUGAUCAAGUUGGCCACGUUUUCGCUGCCUACACUGCUCUUCACGCUGUUCUCGACGACCCUCACCGUGACUAUGAAUGCCACGACUUUGAUGGUUAUUUUUGCUGCUUUUUUCUCUACGGCCAGCUGGUUUGUGCGGUACCGCUACCUCAACAUGUACGCGCGUCUUCCGCCAGAGCCGCAGCGCAAAGAGCCGGACAUUGACUUGUUUCCUGACACGCACGAGGAGGGUAUCAAGUCGGGCCUCUCAAACUACCUGGACGAGUUUCUUAGUGCCAUUAAGAUUUUUGGCUACCUCGAGCGGCCCGUGUUCCAUGAGCUCACCCGCAGCAUGAUGACGCGGAAGCUCAUCGCAGGCGAGACUCUGGACCUUGAAGAAGAGAAAGGAUUCUGUAUCGUGGUCGACGGGCUAGUCGAGAUCUUUGUCAAGUCGUCGAGCCACGGACACCACCACAACGCCAACGUCGACUCACGCCGCGGACCCUUCUUGGAGACCGCCUCGAGUGACGACGACGAGGAGCCUCUCGCUCAUGGAAACCAGCGGUACCAGCUCCUCACAGAGGUUCGGAAUGGCGCUCCUAUGUCGUCUCUCUUCUCUCUGAUGUCCCUCUUCACCGAGGACAUCAACCUGCGCGUUGAAGACGACAGCACACCAGCGACCCCUGCCAUGGGCGGUCGUUCAAACGUACCUCGUCCCCCGGCCAGCGCGAAGUUCCGGGGAUCACACGAUUCGCACACCCCGUUUCCAAAGACGUCUGCAUAUGGUACAGACGGCACAACUGCUGAGCCGAUGGAGACAGUAGAUGCGUCCGCCCAGCAAUCGGCUAGUUCCCGUCUCCCGCGUGUUCCCCCAAUGACCUUGGAUCCUCUUCGCGACCCUCCUCGCCCCCAACGACCGGUACCGCGACGGACAGCGACCAACUCGGUCCACCCGGAUAUCAUUGCUCGGGCCACCGUGGACACGACGAUUGCUAUUAUUCCAGCAAGCGCCUUCCGCCGUCUCAUUCGCAUCUACCCCAAAGCCACAUCGCAUAUCGUGCAUGUGAUCUUGUCCCGCUUCCAGCGUGUAACGCUCGCCACCGCGUACAACUACCUAGGGCUCUCGGAAGAGGUCUUGCAGACGGAAGAAAACAUGAUCAAAUACACCAUGCGCCAGUUGCCCAACUUCUUACGUGGAGAUGCCUUGGAGCGCCUGAAGGAGAAAUUCCACCGAGAACGCGAACGGAUCGGCGAAGACGAGACAGACAAGGGCAUCGCUCUGCACAAUCCUGCCACGGGUCGCCGCAAGAGAUCAACGACGACCCUGCGCAAGGAGGCCGCCCUGCACUCGCUGGCCCGACAGCGGCCUUCUUCCUCGGCCACGUCAUUCAGUCUUCGCCCACAGGACCACAACUCUCAGUCGAGCAACAAGCCUGGGGAUCUUCUCGCUAAUACGUCGCUGGGUGUGACCUCCGGAAACGUUGACCUCGCCGCAGACUCUCUUCCUUCCUUGGCUGAUUCACCAUUUGGCUCUGACCCUUUCCAACUCGAUGCCAACUUGGCAAUGUCGCCACUGGCCCAGAGAUCAUUCAAUCCUUUUGCGACGCAGAAACAGAACCGUAUGUCCAUCGACUCGCGGGAAGGCCUGGACGAAGAGAAUGUUUUCCGAGAGUCUGUCCUCGAGUGCAUGUUCAAAGCCAUUGGUCUCAACUCCAGCACGGCUACACCUAGGGAGGCCGAGUCGAUUGAGGCGUCUCCUCGACUUGGAUCGUACGAGAACUUCCGCCAGAGAACCUACAGUUCCAAUGCCUUUGGAUUUAUGGAUCCGUUCGGCGGUUCUGCCGAUGGUGAUGCUGACUCGAUGACCUCCGGUGCGACUGCGAACACCCCUCCUAGCGUCCAGAGCCUGGCGCACGAUAUGUUGGAUGAGGUCGAGAUUGUCUUUUUCCCCAAGGACUCAGUCCUUGUGGAGCAAGGGGAACGCAAUCCUGGUCUCUACUAUGUCAUUGACGGGUUUCUUGACGUCUGCAUGCCCGCUGGAGCUCCCACGUCUGGCGACAUCAUACAGUCGGCCAAAGCAACCGAGUCUCAGUCUACAUCCUCCUCUUCAAGCACACAGAACGGAACCGCCAAACCGACAGGCAGAAAGAAGGCCAAGUCAGCUCGUCGAAGCGUCGGCCUCAUUAAACCUGGUGGUCUUGCUGGUUACAUUGGCACCGUCUCUUCAUAUCGGUCGUUCAUCGAUGUCGUUGCGAAGACAGAUGUGUAUGUUGGCUUCUUGCCUCGCGCGUCGCUUGAGCGCAUUGUGGACCGGUAUCCCAUUGUCCUCCUUACAAUGGCAAAGCGCCUCACGAAUAUAUUGCCCCGGCUGAUCCUGCAUAUUGACUUUGCUCUGGAGUGGUUGCAGGUCAAUGCCGGCCAAGUCAUCUUCCACAAGAAUGAAGAAAGCGAGGCCAUCUACAUCGUUCUUAACGGCCGGUUGCGCUUGGUUAAUGACCGGAAGGAGGGGCGGGUUGGCGUCCUGGCCGAGUUCGGCCAGGGCGAGAGUGUUGGCGAGCUUGAGGUGCUCACCGAAUCCUCUCGUUCCGGAACCCUGCAUGCCAUUCGAGACACGGAACUGGUAAAAUUUCCCCGGACUUUGUUCAACAGCCUGGCACAGGAGCACCCCAACAUCACGAUCAAGAUUUCAAAGAUCAUUGCGUCCCGCAUGCGAAAUCUCAUGGAGAAUCCCAAUGCCGCCCUCAGUCUCAUGGACGGCAAGGCGACAAACUCCAUCGAGAAGGGCUCCUCCACUGACAAUUUACGGACGGUUGCGGUCCUUCCCGUCACCGCGGGUGUUCCAAUUGUGGAGUUUGGUGACAAACUUAUGAAUGCCCUUAGCCAAGUGGGAACGCCCAAUGGAGCAACAUCGCUCAACCAAGCCGCCAUUCUGAACCACUUGGGAAAGCACGCUUUCAACAAGAUGGGCAAGCUAAGGCUUUCGCAGUAUCUUGCGGACCUGGAAGAAAAAUACAGCCUCGUCGUCUAUGUUGCAGACACCAGUGUCAACUCGCCUUGGACACAGACCUGCAUCACACAAGCUGAUUGCAUUCUUCUCGUUGGUCUCGCAGAAGGCUCGUCGGAGAUUGGCGAAUACGAGCGGUUCAUGCUGGGCAUGAAGUCGACGGCAAGGAAGCUGCUGGUGCUCCUCCACGCGGAGCGCUAUUCGGCCUCAGGCACGACUCGAUCGUGGUUGAAGAAUCGCGUGUGGAUCAAUGGUGGCCAUUAUCACGUGCAGAUGCCGUUCGUUUCCCAAGCGGUGCCGAUUCAUCAGCCACCCAAACGACUAGGGCCUAGCCUCAAGGAGAGGGUCCAGAUCAUACAGGCCGAGAUUCAAAAGUACACCUCCCGAAAGGUGCGGCGCAGACCCUUCUAUUCCCCGGAUGCCCCAUUCAAGGACGAUUUCCAUCGUCUGGCACGGCGCCUCUGCGGGAAAUCUAUUGGCUUGGUUCUUGGCGGCGGUGGUGCUCGCGGUCUCGCGCAGAUUGGCAUCAUUCGUGCGUUGGAGGAUGCUGGCAUUCCAAUUGAUAUGAUUGGUGGAACAUCGAUGGGCGCAUUUGUCGGUGCCCUCUACGCCCGGCAUGCCGACGUGGUACCCAUCUUUGGUCUGUCCAAGAAGUUCGCGGGCCGUAUGGCGAGUGUUUGGCGCUUUGCGCUGGACUUGACAUACCCGUCCGCGUCGUACACGACCGGCCACGAGUUCAACCGCGGCAUCUACAAGUCGUUUGGCAAGGCACAGAUCGAGGACUUCUGGCUCGAAUACUACUGCAACACGACGAACAUCAGCAAGAGCCGGGCAGAGUUCCAUACAAGCGGCUACGCCUGGCGCUACGUCCGCGCUUCGAUGUCUCUAGCGGGCUUGCUGCCGCCGCUGUGUGACGAAGGCAACAUGCUGCUGGACGGUGGCUAUGUUGACAAUCUGACGGUGUCCCACAUGAAGAAUCUCGGAGCGGACAUCAUCUUUGCUGUCGACGUGGGCGCACUGGACGACGAUACGCCGCAAGCGUUUGGUGAUACGUUGUCGGGGUUCUGGGCAUUCGUCAACCGGUGGAACCCCCUGUCGGCGACGCCCAACCCGCCGACGUUGGCCGAGAUCCAGGCACGCCUCGCGUACGUGUCCAGCGUCGACGCCCUGGAGCGGGCAAAGACACUUCCCGGCUGUCUCUACAUGCGGCCCCCGAUUGACGACUACGGCACGCUUGAGUUUGGAAAGUUUGACGAGAUUGUGCAAGUCGGCUACCAUUAUGGACAGGAUUUCCUGCAGAAGUUGCGUGAUGAUGGCCGUCUUCCGUUGAUGGAGGAGACGGAGGAGAAGAAGGCGCUGCGGCGGACGAUGGCGCCUCGGAGAGCGAGUAUCUGA